AUGUCGUCGUCCACUGCUUCCUCGCUCGCUGGUGUCGUCGUCGGUGUCGACACCAACGGCUCCUCCACCGCCAAGGACGUCAACGUCUCGGCCCAGUGGAAGGCCUCGCGCGCCUCUUCGUCGCGUAGCAACGAGCUCCGCGUCUUCUACCCAGACAACAGCGCUCCUGUCGCUGCCGUGUCGCUCGGCGAACAGAAGGCUGCCCCCACCACCACGCCGGACCUCACCCCUUCCGAGAAGACCUUCCUGCGCAACGAGCAGCUCGAGCGCGUCCGGCUCGCCGCCGCCAAAGGUGUCAAGGCGAUCCGCGACCUUGGUGCUGGCCCGGACGACAAGGGAGAUGCUCCUGUUGAGAGGUCUAUUGCCCUCGACACCAUGUCCAGCCCUCACGCUGCCGCCACCGGUGCCAACCUCGGCCUCUGGACCGUCAACCACUUCAAGACCCGUGGCAAGAACGCCGCUCAUGCCAAGGAUGCUGCCGUUCAGGGCGGAAAGGAGAUCAAGGUUGUGCCCGUAGAGGGAGCCGCCGACGAGACCGCCAAGAAGCAGCUCAAGGAUGCCGGCGAUGAUGUCCCCAGCGUCGCCCCUCUCAGCUGGUACACCGGCGAGAUCUACGCAGAGGCUCAGAACUGGGCGCGUGAACUCAAAGAGACGCCCGCCAACCUCAUGACCCCAACCAUCUUUGGUCAGCGCGUCACCGCUGCCUUCAAGAACGUGCCCAAUACCACCGUCAUUGUCCACGACGAGGACUGGGCGCGCGAACAGCGCAUGAACUCGUUCCUGUCGGUCGCUGCCGGAACCGAUGAGCCCGCCAAGUUUGUCGAGAUCAUCUACAAGGGUGCUCCCGACAACGAUGCCCGCAGCGUUGGCUACGUCGGCAAGGGUAUCGUCUUUGACUCGGGAGGAAUCAGCCUCAAGCCCGGUGCUGCCAUGAAGGCCAUGCGCGCCGACAUGGGUGGUGCUGCUGCCGUUGUCGCCACCACGCUCGCCAUUGCCAAGCUCGGCCUGCCUAUCAACGUGGUUUGCGCCACUCCUCUCACCGAGAACAUGCCCUCGGGCAAGGCGACCAAGCCUGGUGACAUUAUCAUUGCCCGCAACGGUCUCUCUAUCGAGGUCGACAACACGGACGCCGAGGGACGUCUCGUUCUCGCCGACGCCCUCACCUACGUCACCGAGACCUACAAGCCUCACACGCUUGUCGACGUUGCCACUCUUACCGGCGCCUGCAUGAUCGCUGUCGGUGACGUCUACUCGGCCGCCUUCACCGAAUCCGACAGCCUCUGGAACGAGUUGCGCGUCGCCGGUGAGGCUGAGAACGACCUCUUCUGGCGUCUGCCGCUCAACGACGCUUAUCUCAAGCAGAUCUCCACCUCGAACGCUGACCUGUGCAACACCGGUGGCCGUCUCGCUGGUGCUUCCACUGCUGCCAUCUUCCUCAAGCAAUUUGUUGUUGGUCUCGGCGAGCGUGGCGGUGCUGCUCCUAGCGUGCGUUAUGCUCAUCUCGACAUUGCUGGUAGCAUGGAGGCCACCCCUACCACCAUCAACGACUACCAGCCCAAGGGUUUCACUGGACGUCCCGUUCGUGCGCUUAUCGAGUUUGCUCGUCGCAUCGCUGCCAACGGUGGCGCUAACUGA